UUCUGUCGAAUUUUUGAUAAUUUAUUUAAACGUUAAUCUUUAUUUAGUUAAGUGAUCAUCAAAGACACGGGAUUUUUUUGUGUGGGAAGCGUGUUUUACAUAGUGAAAUAAUGGUGGCAGUGCCUAAUAACAGUUCCUUAAUAUUUCAGACUUUGUUUUAUGUUAUGAAUCAAAGUAUUAUUCAGGAUGAGAGUUCUUAUAAUUAUUAUUAUAUGAGGAUAGGAAAAGAAACCAACUCACAAAAGUGUUAUGGUAUGUAUGGAUGUUUCCAAUUAUCGCCGCCAUGGACGUCGGAACAUCGGCCAGUAUCCCUGUUUCCAAACGAGUUAAUCGAUAUCGAACCCAAUUACCUUGUCUACACAAGACGAAUCCGGGACAAUCCGAGCCUAAUUAAUGUAAAUGAUUUCGACUACGUCACCACGUCCGAUAUAGAGCCUUUAAAACCCAUUUACAUUAUAACCCACGGAUAUAUGGAAGGAGGGGGCAUAUUUUGGAUAAAGGACAUAUCUCAGGCGUUGUUGGAUCAAGAAGACUGUAACGUCAUAGUCAUCGAUUGGCAUUUAGGAUCCAGUCCUCCAUACACACAAGCAGUCGCUAAUAUCAGAUUAAUAGGCACAAUGACUGCGCAUCUACUAAACGACGUUGCACAAUACACCGAAAAUUUAGGAGUAGAGCACGUCCACUGUAUUGGACAUUCUUUAGGUGCCCACUUGUGUGGAUAUAUAGGAUAUACUUUACAAGAUGUUUUCGGCUUAAAUCUGGGAAGAAUCUCAGGUCUGGACCCCGCUGAGCCACAUUUUGCCCACGCUGCCAGACCGGUACGUUUGGACAGGACCGCUGCCAAAUAUGUGGAUAUUAUCCAUUCCGAUGCCAGUCAAUUUAUACGCGGCAGCUUGGGAAUGACUGAAAGUAUAGGUCACAUAGACUUUUUUCCUAACGGUGGCAGUAACCAGCCAGGGUGUGGCAAGAGUAUGGUUCAAUUUAUUAAAGAUGAAAAAGGAAGCGUUUUUAAUGGUGUUAAAAAAUAUCUUGGGUGUAAUCACCAAAGAGCACAUCAGUUAUAUCUGGAUAGCAUCAGGCCUACAUGCUCAUAUCUCACCAUUUCUUGCACCUCAUAUGAAGACUUUGUGGAUGGCAAAUGCUGGGAAUGCGGUAAAUAUGGAGAAAGAUGUAUUAAAUUCGGGUAUCACUCGAGAAAACACUAUAAUAAAUUUUAUGGUGAUGGCAUGAAUUUUAGCUUGAAUCAGUAUUUGAUUACUAGCAGCGAGAGACCAUUUUGUAGAGGCCAUUAUAGAAUAAUAGUUAAAGUAUCAGACACAAACGAGAGUACAAAACAUGGCGGCGAGAUUGGAGAACUGAUUUUUAAAAUGCACAAUACGAUUGAUGGACAAGGUGCUAAGACCUCUGAAAUUAGUUUUAUUAGUGGAUAUUAUCAGCCAGGUGGGAUAUACAUGAAGGUUGUAUCGGCUGAAGAAGUGAAACUAAGAGCAGUUGAGGUACGGUGGAGGCAUAAUAGUAGCCUUUUUAAUCCAUUGACAUGGAGGUUUUUGACUACACCGAAAAUUUACUUAACGAAAAUUACAGUGGAAAGUUUGGAAAACCAACAGAGGAUAACGAUAUGCCCGACCGAUAAACAACCCCUCAUAAACGAAAAACCGCAACUGCUGACGCCUGGGAACUGUUAGUUUCAUAAUAUUCAUCGAUCUCCGUCUUUUAUUUUGUUAUAUUUAUUUAUUUAUUAAACUUAUAUGUUUUAAUUAAAAAUAUUCCGUAAAAAUAAAA